AUGACAGACCACAGUAACUGGCUAGAUCCUGCUGCUAUCCAAACAUGGUGGGACACCCCAUCUCAGGCUGCUAUUCACCGCCCCUACUCUGCCGACACCGUCGCAUCUCUCCGAGACGUCUUUCCUCCGGUCCAAUGCUCCAACGCAAUGCCCCGCAAACUGAGGGGGAUCUUUGAGAAAGUACAAAAGAACAAAGAGGUCAGCUUGAGCUCGAGCGCGAAUGAUCUGGUAGGGCUGGGCUUGAUGGCCGAUGCUGGCUUUGAGACGGUGUAUGUGUCGAGCUCAACGCACGUUUCUAAUUCGAAUGAGAGUGCUUCGGACAUCAUUCACGACACCUUCGAGACAGUUCCCAGGAACGUCCAAUCCCUUUAUCGCUCACAGCUCCUGUCUGCCCGUACCAUUCGUCUCAACGCACCCCAGUCCUCGUCGCCCAUCCCUCUCUCUUCCGAAGCAUCCGCGUCAACAUCCCCUUCCGCCGAUGCAGGGAACGACAUUCUCCCGCUCAUUGCCGACGCGGCGACAGGGCAUGGGGCGCAUACCGUCAUCAUGAAGCAUGUCAAGCUUCUAGCUCUAAGUGGGGCUGCAGGUUACCAUCUAGAUGACUCGUUGAGCGGAGCAUCGAGACAUGACAAGAAGGAUGGGGAGGGAGAAGUGGUGGUGCCGGUGUGCGAGUUUCUAAGAAGGUUGACGGCUGGGAAACUGCAGCUUGAUAUCAUGGGAUCAGAGAUGAUAUCAAUAGCACGUACCGACACCCCUUUCGCUACUCACAUCACAUCAACUAUCGACCCACGAGACCGCCCUUACAUUCUCGGCUCCACCGUCCCUCUUCCUCGAGACUUUUACCACGCCGAAGGUCACUCGGACAAGGCAGAGUGGGUGCGCGAAGCCCAACUUGCUACUUUGGAUGAUGCCUUCAAGACGAGUCGUCCGGAGCAAUGGGCUGAGUUUGAGAAGAAGAGUAAGGGGCUCAACGCUUCUGAAGCAUACGCCCUUGCCCAAAAGCUCUCUUCGACAUUCUAUUGGUCUGCCGAUGCAGCCCGCACGACCGAAGGCUGGUACCCCUACAAUGGCGGCCUGUCUGCGGCCAUCUCGAGAGCUCGUAUCACGGCUCGCAUCGCUGAUGUCGUUUGGGCCUGCGGACAUGGGCACGGGGUGGAGGGAGCGGAAGCGAUUGCGAAGGGGGUACAAGAGGCGCACCCUGGCAAAUGGAUGGCGUAUAACCUCCCUGCCGUCGCUACCACACCCAGUGAUCUCAAACUCACAUCUUCGACCCUCGCCUCUUUGGGCUAUACUUACCUCUUUCUCCCAUCUUCCCUGAACGGCCCCCGUAUCCUAUCAUCCUCCACUUUCCCUUCGUCUCCCAAUGUCCGAAAAGCUAUUGAAGAGGACGGGGUAUACGGCUACUUGGCGCAUGUGGCGAGGGAAGCGGAGAAGCACAAGGCGGAUGGGACGGAUGAAGAGUGGUGGUGGGAUGUCAUGGGCAGGUUUGCGGACAGGGCGGGAGAUGCUGUUGGCAAGGGAUUGUGA